UAGAGAAACUCCCCCUUCAGCACCCUGGACAGAGGCAGCGCUGAUGACCGCAGAUCACUUCGGUUUGACGCACACUUCGGUCACACCAUUUUUUUAACCGCACGUCGACUUCAACAACACGGAAUCAAAAGAGCAACUUGAUGCAUAUACAAAGUUUUCCUCCUCGGUGGUCAACGAAAGGAGAAAAGUGCCCGGGUCUUCUUUUUCAUAUUUUUUCAACACUGUCGAGAGGAUAAAAAAAAAAAAAAAAGCUCCAGGAAAAGUUCCACUUUGAGUCCAUCUUUCCAAAAGCUCGUUAAGACCUGAUAUUUUUUUUUAAGAAUUUGAAGGCGCUCGUCUUUCUUGCUUCUGGGAGCAUCGAAAACAAGCUUUCAAAAUGUUGCUUGAACACCCGGGGUCAAGCUGUCAAAACACCGGAAAUUUCUCCCGCUACAGCUCGGGCCCAGAGAUCCCGGUGUGUGCGGGCUGUAAUCAGCACAUCGUGGACCGUUUCAUCCUCAAAGUGUUGGAUCGUCACUGGCACAGCAAGUGUCUGAAGUGCAGCGACUGCCAGGCGCAGCUGGCGGAGAAAUGCUUCAGCAGAGGAGACAGCGUGUACUGCAAGGACGACUUCUUCAAGAGAUUCGGGACCAAGUGCGCAGCGUGUCAGCAGGGCAUCCCGCCCACGCAGGUGGUGAGGAGGGCGCAGGACUUCGUCUAUCACCUGCACUGCUUCGCCUGCAUCGUGUGCAAGAGGCAGCUGGCCACGGGAGACGAGUAUUACCUGAUGGAGGACAGCAGGCUGGUGUGUAAGGCCGACUACGAGACCGCCAAGCAACGAGAGGCAGACUCGACCGCAAAAAGGCCGAGAACAACCAUCACAGCCAAACAGCUUGAGACGCUAAAGAACGCUUACAAUAACUCCCCCAAACCCGCCCGCCACGUCAGGGAACAGCUCUCAUCAGAGACGGGGCUGGAUAUGCGGGUUGUGCAGGUUUGGUUUCAGAACAGGCGAGCCAAAGAGAAAAGGCUGAAAAAAGACGCCGGGCGGCAGAGGUGGGGGCAGUACUUCCGCAACAUGAAGAGGUCGCGAGGAAGCUCCAAGUCUGACAAGGACAGUAUCCAGGAGGAGGGCAUGGACAGUGAUGCUGAGGUGUCCUUUACAGAUGAACCACCAAUGUCCGAGCUCAGCCUCACUAACGGCAUCUACAGCAGCCUGAGCGAGUCCUCUCCAGGCAUGGGGGGCCGCCAGGGGGGCAACAACCACGGCUCCUUCCCUCUGGAGCACGGCGUCCUCCCUUCUCAGGACCAGUUCCAUGACAUCCGAUCUAACAGCCCCUACGGCCUCCCUCAGUCGCCGGGUUCCCUGCAAGCACUUCCAAGACACCAGCCUCUCAUCUCCAGCCUGGUCUACCCCGACUCUGCCCUGUCGAUCAUGACCCAGGGGGGCACGGCUGGGAUCAACCCUGCGGUGAGGGUCUCUAUGGGAGCCGCUAAUGGCCCCAGUUCGGACCUGUCCACCGGCAGCAGUGGAGGAUACCCAGACUUUCCUGCCAGUCCUGCAUCCUGGUUGGACGAAGUAGACCACGGGCAGUUUUGAUUGGUUAUUGACAAAAGAAAAAAGACUAUUUUUUUUUAGUUUUCUGUGUCUUCUUUUGGAUUUUAGGAAUUGGGAAAUAGUCAAACUGGCCAGUGAUUGUGUAAAGGACUAGACUCUCCUUGGAAUCCACCAAUAUCUGAUGAAAAGGACCAUUUAUGAUGUGCGAUCUGAAUGGAGAGAUUGUCCUUCAUUUAAAGCACUCGGCCUUACAAUAGUCAUUAGGUUGUAAAAUCUUGUUUAAAGCAAGAAAUCCGUCAAAUUAUUUAAUUUCAGGACAUUGUAGAGAAUGACUGAGACCCAGGAUGUUUUGGACAUUGAUUUUUUGGGUUUCCACCAACUCCCGCUCUUUAUUCUCAUUAGCUUUUUUUUGUUUUCUACACUGUGUUCAGGUUCAGAAUUGAGUUCUUCAAAUGUCUGGUUGUUGCCAAAUGUCUAUAUAUAUAAAUAUAAUGGUUUAUCAUUGUGGAGACUUUAUUUUUAUACAAAUCCCUUCUUGGACACGAAGAAGAAACCCAGAUACGAGGACUUUGUACAUUCUAAAACAGGGAUAUAGGCAUAAGUGUAGAUGUUGUCUUACAUGGUACCUAGGGGUCCAAUUACUUCUAUGCAUUUGUGUGUUUCUCAGAUGUAUCUCGUUCGUUUUGUUCUGCCUAAAAAAAACAACCUCGGAGGAAGAAUGAGCUGUAGCAUUCGGGGUUGUGAUGUAUAUGUUUGUUUAUGUGCAAAAUGUUUUAUGUCUUAUUUAUUCCUUCUGGUUAUGAUGAUGAUGAUUCCUGAUUCAAAAAACAGGACUUUAAUAAAUUUGUCACCUAAAUCAAAAUGGGGUUCUAUGCUUUUUG